ACAAAUCACGUUCUCUUUACCAAGUGAUGAGUAAAAUAUCUGAUAUUGAGAAACUUGUUAGAGGACAUUUACAAUGGUGGAUAACAAUUGUAUCAUCGAGGGAAACGUCAAGUUUCGCGAUGGGAAGAAGCAAGAGGUAUUUAAGUCAAGGAGGGUAACUGCUUCUUUUAUUUUUGGUCAUAGAGGAUAUAUAAGGAUCUAAACAGUUGCAGACCUACACAUAUCACAUAAAUCUGAAUUGUCUAAAGUAUUACUAUUUAUGCAUUUUUGGAAGUCACGAUGGUGCGUAAUGAGAAAAUUAUCACCAGUAGCAGAUUGCUUGCAUUUACAACUUUAUGGAGAUAGCAAAGAUCGUUAUAAACAAGGACAGACAAAGGCAUCUUUAAGUUUACAACAUUUUCUUGGAGUAGAAAGUGGUUUUACUCUUGAUAAAGAAUCAAACACAAUUGCUAUUAUUUGUCAAGAUGUAACUGUCGUACUUGCUUUUGAUACGCGAGAACGACUAAUACAAUGGCAAGUAAAGAUAUCAAAUAACUUAGGAGAAGAUCAACAAUUUUUAAUAUUGAUAUCCACUGCACCGUCAAAGGCAAAACUUACAAAUGGACCAGCACAUUUACAUAUACAGGAUCGUCGAUUUUGUAUUACGGUUGGUAUUCCACCGAGGUUAGUUGGAAUAUGGGAAAUCGCUCAUUUACGACGUUACGGUGUCGUCGAGGGAAGAUUUUGCUUCGAAGGUGGUUCAAGAUGUGGCCGUGGCGAAGGUCUUCAUGUUUUAAUAACAGAUCAGGGUGAAGAUAUCGUUAAAACAUUACAUUUGGCUGCAGAGGGAAAAUUAUCUACAAAGAAGAGACCGCUUGGCCGUGAAUCCUCAGUACAAGAUAGUCCGCGGCGACAAUUUAGUAGAUCUGAGACUAGAGCAAGCGAUUUUUUUCCCUCCGCUGUAUAUUCUUCGACAAUAUCAUACGAAGACCAUUGUGACAGUUGCAAGAAUGGCAGCUCGUCUUAUUGGUCAUCUGCCGAAAGUAGACAACAGACCGACGGUGAAGGUGAUUACAGUUGCAGAGACACAGUUUCUGUAUCGGAAUUGACUGAUCAACCCAGCGAAUGGCGUACCUGUUCGCUUACUCGUCAAGGUACAACUGGUCUCGAGAGAUGCGCCAGUUGUAUCAGCAAGUUAGGAACUGUAUCAAAAUCCUCUACAUUAAUAACGGGUACCGGUACAAGUAGUAUAGGUAGUCCAGCUGGUGCAGUCACUAGUUUGACGUGUCAUCUUCAACCACGAGCUUUCGAUCGACUCUCCUUAUCGUCUUAUAGCAGCAGUAGUCACGACAGUGAUUAUUCUGGAUCUCAACAAGUUGAUUGUCACUGUUCUCAAUCUAAAAGUUCACAGGUUCGUCGUUCGUCGCUCAGUCCAAAUGUUUUACCACCAAGACCACCGAAACCGUCCCAAUGCACUGCCAUGAAAAAAUCCAAGAAACCGCCGAUGCCACUACCGAACGAACAAAUUACCACUAAUGUGCACAUUCAGAAAAGUAACGUGCAAAGUAACGUACGUAAUAGCAAUGUUGGACCUUACGAGAAUUAUGAUGUUCCAAAGGCUAUUAUAGGUCAUCACAUGUUAUUAGAACAAGCAUUGCAGACGGAUCAAUAUUACGAUACUCCAAGGAAAAUAAGGGAAUGUUUAACGAUGCCAAAAACUUAUCCCAAUUAUGAUACGCCUCAAGCUCCGCAAGCUGUUGUUUUGCAACAAUGCGGUUGUCCUGCGAAACUUAACGUUCAAUCGCCUAGAUCAUCGUCAGCCUGCCCAUGCCACAAUGUCAUGAGCUGGGCUGGAUUCGUUUUACCGUAUUGCCGACGUGGAGCAGGAAUUGAACCUAUGGGUGUAACUGUACAUCCUGUAAAAUUAUCGGGUGAAGGAAAAAUGCCUGUCGUUAAUGCCAGUGGCGACGUUUCUAUUUACGCCACUGCAAAAAGACCGAAUAAAGGACAAGCUAAUGAAGAAAAACCUGAUGAAAAUUGUGAAUGUGUAACAAGCAGUAAAUCGACUAAUUAUGAAAAUAUUGAAUCUGUUAUCGAUACGCAAUCUGAAUCUAAGCAAACUAAUUAUGCCAAUAUAGAUUUCACUCAAUCGUUAGAACACUACGAAAAUAGUAAAGAUAUUCUAACAAAAAGUGGUAUUUCACAAGAAGAACUAGAAAAGUUCGCUGAUCAAUUGAAAGAUACAAAAAUGAAAGCGUCGUCCAGCGAAGAAGGUUCUUUUAAAAUUUGUCAGAAAUGUGGUCACAUAAAAGAAAGAGAUAAUGAUUAUUUAGUCAUGGAUCCGGAUAAAGAAAUACCAAAAAAACCAUUCACUGGUUAUCUACCGAUGCAACCGGCUCACAAUGCUUGUUCCAAAGAAGUACUCUCCAGAAUUUACAAUGGUAUGAAAAGUUCAAGCAAUCCAACUUUGUCAGGCUCUUUAUCAACGGAUGGAAGUAAAAAACGUUCCGAUUCAGAAUAUCGUGUACCAGGAUCAGCGAUGUUAUCUAGUCCAUAUCUUCGACGUCGUCUUUUAGAUGGUAGCAAUAGCGUGGAAUCAACUGGAACUAUUGGUAUUUUGUUAAGAAAACGAUCUUAUUCGGCCGAAUCGGCUCAUUAUUUAGACGACGAAACUCAUACAUUCCCGUCCACUCUUACCAUACAUAAAUGCUCUAGUGAAGCCGAUAAAGCUUCCCUGAUAAGCAAUGAGCCACAUACAUCUUGCAUGAACUCAGAAAUGAAAAUAAGUCAGGAGAACGGACAGAUAUCGGCCGCUUCAUCUCAACCGUCGUUCAUAAAAAUUCGUCGUUCAUCAUCCGUACCAUCGAAAACUGGUCACAACAGGGAUUCCUCCAGCAGCAAUGACUCAGGAGUAUCCACUGGUUCUCUCAGUCAUAGAACGACUGAAUUUGUUGAAUUCGAAACAUCGUCCGUAGCAUUGACAAAGAAACAAAAUGCUUUGUCGAUAUGCCGAAAAAGUCCACCGUCUACAUGCUAUCACAAUAGUUUACCGAGAAAAUCGAAAUCUAGCGAUCCCUUAAGGGAAUUAUCAUUCCAAUUUCAAAAGACUAAGAUACCCACAAAAUCAUCCUCUGCGGAAGCCGAUAUACCUACGUGUUUGCCGAAAAGUACAAAAGGGUUUAAUAGCCCUGGUGAAAUAUCGAGUAAUGCACCUUACAUUGAUUCCAGAAGUACAAGCAGUGGUACCUCCGAUAUGUCUGAUUAUAUCGAGACACUUUCCUUAUCUUCUCAUUCGUCAUCCGAUACACCAGAUAGUUUAAGGUUGGGAGGCAGAGCUUUAACUACUACGCUACGACCUCGUAGUGGUAAAGAAUAUUAUAAAAUCGAUCGAAAUAUCUUGGUGGAACAAGGUCGAACGUCAUCUGCCAAUUAUGCAAAUAUUACUCCUGUUCUUGAAAAAAGUGAAUCUCCUUCACCCGGUUAUAUAAGCAGCUCACCCUUUGAGCAACCUCAACCUAUUCGUGAACACUUUCUUUUUCCUGAAGAAGCUUAAAUAACGUAACGUCCACAGCAUCGUUGUUUUUGGGAAGAAAGUGGAAAACUUGAAGUUCCUAGGAAUCCAAAACCCAUAGGAGUAUUUGCGUUAGAAGGUAAUUCGAGUUAUUGCCAUUAUUUACACUAUAUGCAAUGAUCUUGUAUUUGCACAUAUAUUUCUUGAAAAGCCUUUAUGCAUGUUUGGUAUGUAUACUGUUAACAAAAGAAAUAAUAAUCUCAAAAAAAUUCAACAAAAUCACAUCAUUGCAAGAUCAAAAAAUUAUGUUUAUAAUGAAAAUUAAUUUUUCCUUGUUUUAUAUAUUUUUAUAUCAUCUUUUUAAUUAAUUGAAUCGAAUUCAUCAAAUGGUAUAACGGUAUAUAUGUAGAAAUUAAAGGAAUUUAAAGUUCUAGCGUAUAGUAGAAAUGUGGUCAAUGAUACGGUACUUCCUACAACGAUUUAAACAAUUUCUAAAAUUUACUCAAUGAAAACUGUAAUAGUUUGUAUAGAGUAAGAAUCCUGCCCUAGGAUAAAAAAAUACUAUGCAUUGUAUACUUUAUAUGAGUAUAUCAUUUUUUGAAUACAUUUUAUUUUAUAUGAGUAUACUUCUAUAUACGAUAAUUGUAGUAGUGAAAAUUGAAGAAUGUACUUAAGGGCUCCUUAUUUAGACUGAUUACCAUAACACUGUACAUCAGCAUCUGUGCAACCAAAUAAUGCAAUGAAGAUAGUCAGUUGCAUAUAACGUUCACACACAGGGUUAAUAUAAUUAAAUUAUUUUCUAAAAAAAAAUAAGGUGAAAAUAGUUUUAAUAGUCUUCUUCCUCUUUGAAGAAAUUUAUAUGAAGGUUACUGUAGGUCUUUGGGCAAUCAAAUGGCACUAUAUAUAAACUAGAAGAAGACGUUGAAAUAAAUCUUAAACUAUGCAAAUUUUUAGCAUAUGAAUUCAUAAAUAUCUCGAAUUUAUAAGUCAAUAGUCUAUUUUCGUUAUUUUUCGUUGAUUUUCUGAAUCUUAUGCAACGAAAUAGCUGGUGCGAUUACAAUAUAAUUUACAAAAGUACUAUAAGUUAUAAAUGUACUUAAAAAAUCGUGUAUUCGCGUUUAGUUAUAUAUUAAUAAUUGUAUAAUUAUAUUUUCUAAGAAGAAGAAUGGAUGAAUGAAGUAAGUUUUUACCAAAAAUAUUUAUUUUUAUUUUAGUGAUGCAAGAUCUUUUGAAAAAGAGAAAUAUUUAUUAGUAAAAUAAGUGAUACUAGUUGAAUAUAUUCUGAAACAUAAAUAUUGCCAAAGUUAUGUGCCCUAUUUCACACUUCUUUUAAUAAUGGAAAUGAAGAGUAUAUGUUACAACCUGUGUAAAAUACUUCACUUCCUUUUUUCCAUUAAAGGAGUAAACAGAGUAAAAUCUUGCACUAAAUUAAUUAAUACAUUGGGAAGAUUGAUGUAAUAGGUGAUAUUUAAUGCAAUAAUAACUACAAUAGAAGUAUAUACUAUAAAAUCAGUAUAAGUUGUUUUGCACUAAAAUAUUAAUAUAAGAUAUUCUAUUAUAUAAAUAUAUAUAUAUACAUAAAAUAUACACAUAGAGAGAGGGGUGAGGAGGAGUGGGAAGGGGGGGGGUGAGAGAUGUACAUAUACAUAUACUUUUUGCUCCAUGGGCAGAUGAAAUAAGUAUUCAAAGUCAAAAUUAAUAUUAGGCCAUUUAACAGAUGUACAUUUUAGAAUACUGCCAUAGUAUCAUAAAUAUUCUUCAAUAGUGAAACACACAGUUCUACAUGUUAUUAAACACUUAUGUUUUUGAGGACUGUUAUAUUAAUAUAAUACUGAAACAAUUGUAUUUUUAUGCUUAUUUUUUCUCCAAUACAUGCUUCUGAAUUUAUUUCUUCUUUUUAAAAAUUAAAUUUCUGUAAACAUACCCUUAUAUGAAGAAAGUAUAGGAGAAUAAAUUUCCAUUUAAAGCUAUGAAUUUUGUAAAAGUAUUAAAGUAGUAUUAUCAGAAGACUGAAAAUAGUAAUUGUGUGGAGUAAUAAUAAGAUGGUAUCAGAAAUUUUAGAGUACUUUUUCGUAAUAUUUUAUAAUAUUUUUUUCUAUUGCAUUAUACACAAUUUUACAUAGUUAGAGUAAAUAAUAUCUUCUAUCGAUUAUUAAAAUUAUGAAAAUAUACAAAAUGUAAAAAUGAAAUUAUCUUGAUUUUUACAUGAUAUGCUUCAUAAAAUAUAUGCUAUAAAAUAGGUUUUUGAACAGGUUUAUAUAUAUGAUUCUUUUGGACAUUUUGUAGUAUAAUUAACUUGUACACAAGAACAGAAAACAUCAAACUACUAUAAAUUAUGCAAAUAUAUCAGUUAUUAAUAUACAAAGAUAGUAUAAUGUAAAAUAUUUAACGUUAUAUUUAUCUUACAUAAAUUUAAAUAUGCUGGGAAUGAUUAGACAAAAAUUUAAUUUUAAGAGUUUCAAAGAUAAAGCUGGUACUAUAUCUCUGUAAUUUACAAUUCUAUUAAACAAUUUGUAUAUUGUAAAUGAAACUGACUGCGCUGAACAUACUGUAAUUGUUAUAUUAUUUAGAGCAUGCAUCCGUAAUGUAAUGUGACUAAUUUAAACAAACAAUUUUCAUAUCAUAAUUUAAAUUUACUUAAUUUAUAAAGUAAUUUUUAAUAAUGGUAAAUCUGUGUGCUUACAUGGGAUUUUGUACAGGGUAACCCACUUUAAGUGAUCCAUUUUUAAUGGAGUCAUAAACGUCUCCCAUGUCAUGAUAAAAAAGUGAUCAUACUUAUAUAAAAGUACUUGAAGUCACAAACAUAAACCAUUCAAUACAAAGAUAUAUGAACAUUUUUAAAUCCCAUUCUAAUAGUAUUUCUAUAAAUCAUUCAUAGCAAAAACGUUCUGCAUCUAAAAAUUUUUAUUUGUAUGUAAGAUGUAGACAAGAUUGAGAAUCACUUUUAUGAACAUUUGCUAGUCAAAUAUUAAGUACUAUUAUAGUCAUAAUAUAUUUUUAUUGCGGAAAAUUGUAGUAUAUGUAACUUAAAAAUUAAACACGUGGUAUAUUCUCCUUAAAGUUUAAAGAUUUCUGAAAUAACGACCAAUAUAUUCAUUUAUUGAACUUAUAUAGAAUUAAUUCUUCAAUGAAAAUAUGAUCGAUAUAAAUAAAUUUUCUUUAAAUCAUGGAAAAAAUGUUAUUUCAAAAUUUUAAAUGAGAAAUAACCAAAUGAACGUGUUAAUUUUUAAGUUAUAAUUGAUCAUAUCUAAUAUAAGAAAUAAAUUUUGAAUCAUUCAAUCAUACAUAACAAAAAAUAAGGAUAUUUAAGUAUACUUUAAUAAUUAAUUAUGUACAUAUUUAAUGCAAAUCAAGUCACAAUUAAAUCUUCUUUAUUUUGUAAUUUCUGAAAAAAAUUGCUUAUGAACGUAGUUUUCAAUUGUAUAUAUUGCAUACUAUUGUAUCAAAUUACUUUCCGAACAUUUUUAUAAUAUAUUUACUGUAAUACUACUUCAUUUAUGAUUUAUUAUCAUAAAAAGUAUAUAAAAUCGAGAAAUUCAAGAAUUCCUUCUUUUUAGACUUUUAAUUACAUUUAGAUAUGCAAAGGAAGAAGUAAGCCAUCUAUUGUCGUACAUGUAAUCAAGAUAACUCAGGUAGAUACAUAUGCGUGUGUGUGUGUGUAUAUAUAUAUAUAUACAUAUAUACACAAUAUAAUAUAUAUAUAUACAGUUUGAUUUAAGAGUUAUAUUAAUAUACAAUGCUAAAUUGAUUUUAAAUUAUCUAUUUCGAUAUAAUGAUAUUACAUGGUAAAUUUGAACUUUGUAGCAUUUCUUUUAUCAACUGAUUUUAUAUAAUAAUGUGAUGUUAUUUCACUAUAAUUAUAGAAAUUCUAAUCGAAAUAUCUCAUGUCUUUAAGUCCAAUUAAUAAUUUCAAACAUAACAAAAACAAAAUUCAUGUUUUUGAUAACUUAAUAUCAAGUAAUAUUUAUUUACUAUAUUUAUACAGCAAAAGUUCAACGAAUAGUAGAACUUUUACACAAAGCUGACCAUUUAGAUAUCAACGAUAUUCAAACUGAAAUAAUACUUAUACAAUUUUUAUAUCAAUGUGAUAAAUCUUGAUAACUAAUAUGAAAACAUUUUUUGAAGAAAAUCGUUAUUUUUUUUCCAACCGUAACAGAAUUUAAAAUAAUAGCAUAUAAAUUUUGAAACGUGUCAAGACAUCAUUAUAGAAACAAAAGAACAUCCUUAUUUUAUAAAAUAUAAGUUUUAUUGUCAUUCAAUUAUUUUCUAAAAUUAUAGAAAUAAGUAAAUUUGUAGAAAUAAGUGUAAUUAAUGGAGCUUAUGUACUAAGCAACACGGCUACAUAGUAGAAUUUCAUUCUGAUAAUAAAAUUAUAUCAUUAUCUUAAAUUUUUAUAAUUAAGUAUAGAAACAAGAAAAUCAAAUCAUUAUAGUGCAACAAAUAAUUUAAACGCAUACGAUUUGUAGUAGAUGAAGUUACCAAAAACAAAAAAAAAUAGUAGCUGAAAUAAAGAUAUAUAAAAAAUA